GAUUUCGUUGCGCAAAUUAUUAAAUGCCAAAUUUGGUUAUCGAAUAAAAUUGAGUUUCAACAUCGAAAUAAUCAUGUCAUGGUUCGAAUCAGGCCAAUUGUUCAAUUUUGAAUUGAACAAGAUAACUGCUGCCAUUGUGGUGGCCAUAUUUACUGUUGUAUAUUUUAUUUAUAAACGUUAUCGUCAAUUAAAUCGAUAUCAAAAUAUUGAUGAAAAUGAACUGAUGAUGGCCAAAUUGAAAGCUGCACGUUUUAAACAACAAGAAACUUACAGUCAAAUGAUCAAAGAGCAAGAAGAGCAAAAAAAAUUGGAAAAAACUGAAACACAAAAAAAUUCUGAUGAUGGAAAUAGUAGCGAUAAGGAAACCACUUCACUUCGUGAUUUUUUCCCAUUGAUGAAUUCGGCAAAUUCUUACUAUCGACCAGUUAGAAAAAGGCCUUGUGGUCCAUGUGGAGGCGGUGGUUGUGGAUGAUAUCAUUGUUGCAAGUUGUUGACUUGAUGGCAAUUUAUUUAUUCAGAUAAAUAAAAAAAGUUAACAUUCAAAUAAAAAAAA